GACGUCAACUUAAAACCGUACUGUACGAGUAGGCAAGCUAGGCAAGCUUCACUCAAUUAAUCCACAAGUCAAAACGACCAAACUUCGAUGGGUCUGUUCAUCUUGCUCUCAUUUCAGGUGUAGUACGUUAUCAGAAAGUAGCCAAUUCGUUUACAGCUCAGGGUACCAUUUUGCGCUCCCCGAACCCACAACGCUCGAACCUCGUAGGCGACCAUGACUACGAUAUCAGAUCUACAUGUGAUUUCAACGUUGAUAAGUGUGGUACUGAGCUUUUAUACAUCACAGUAGGCCUUUUUUCUCGCACAAUGGCACAUAGAGCUAAUCGCCUACGUUUUCCUUGAAGUACUUCCAUUCCCAGUCGAGGCCAACACUGAUAAGACUGAUUCUCAUAAUAUCUUGUUCACACAGAAUUCGUCUUCAAUGUCUGGACCAGAGCGUAUCGCAUCGCAUAUGCGCACAUUGCUUCAGGAGCUCUCAUCUCCUGUCCUGGAUAGACAGCUAUCUCUGCUUUUCCCCGGAGACAUGCGCUCCUGGAUAGCACAGCAAAGAAGCUAUGCGUUCGAAUGCACCCGUCUCCUCAAUCACCUCCACAACACCACUGCACCUGUAUACCGGCUGCCGACGGAAGCAUUGGUCAAUAUCUUCGCUAUCGCCAUCACUCUACCUGGCAGCUACACGAGAGAACUGGUUCUAUUGACGCAUGUCUGCCAUUGGUGGCGGGAUGUUGCGUUAGGCGCAUCGACGUUAUGGACACGAAUCGACCCUACAUGCUAUUGCCGUCUAUUUUUGGAGAGGUCUGGAAACGCACCUUUAUCGCUCGAUUGGUACCAAGAAGAUAUUUUCUCACGCGUUGUGACUACAAUCCAACCUCACAUCCUCCGAUUUACAUCCAUCAAACUUACAUGUAGGAUGAAGGCUUUGAAGACAUUUUUGGGCCUUUUAGAGCGCUAUCCGCCUCCGAUGUUACAAGCGGUAUAUCUCACUUGCUGUGGGGGCUAUCAGAUUCCCGAAGAGCCGUCAAUCGCCUUCCCAACGCACGGCGGGAGCCUGGGCUUUUCCCUGGCAUCGCUCACACUCAUUGGGCUUUUCAUUUGUUGGGAAUCCCCUAUAUACGACAAGCUAAAGCACCUGCACCUCAUAGCAGAGAGUGCCAUACAACCCGUUCCAUCCAUGAAUGUCUUACUAGAUGUAUUGGAACGUUCUCCUGACCUUGUCACCUUCAGGAUGCUGUGGCGUGGUCCGUCUCUUGCGACCCUGGCUACAACCUAUCUUGAGCCUCGGCAUACUGUGGAACUUGCACGUUGUAGGAGCAUUGAGUUGCAGUUUCCAGGCAUAGCUGAUGUGGCGCAUCUCCUUGCGCAUUUACGCCUGCCAGAAUUCACCCAUAUAACAAUAUCACACAUAAAUUCCACACCAAUCCGUGAUGAGCUCCUGAAUAUCUUGCCUCGAAACCCGGAUCUCAAGCCUUCGAAUGCUGUGACUCAGCUGCAGUUAAGAUGUGCUAACUCGGACGAUGUUUACAAUGUCUCCGCGAGCGGAAACGGAGACCAUACUGGCUCAGUGCGCAUUACGGUCUGGAAUGUCAGCUAUUCUGUUGAACACCUCCUGAAUGCAGCCUCUAUCUUUGCGUCGAGUCCCAUCGAGCACUUUUCAUACGAAGGAUCCAUUGAUGCCAUUGAAGCAAAGUAUUGGCGAACCACCUUUGCUCAUCUUCCUCAACUCAAAACGUUGGAGGUGGGAAAUUGUUCGCCAAAACAGUGGGAUGCAUGGAGACGGAGCUUCAGCUAUAAACCCGACGCCAAUCACGUUUUGGACGCCCUCCUGCACUCUGUCGACUACGACUCUCUGCUCCUCCCCGCACUCAAAGAACUGGUGCUUAGAGGAUGUCUCCUCUCGGAUGACAGCGUAGAUUAUUUAAACAAGGUCUUAAGCAAACGUCAACUUGCGCGAAUUCCCAUUUCGCACCUACGUCUUCUUGAUUGCCAGGAUAAGAGCACCUCAUUACGGUCGAUUCUGUCGGAGGAUGCUUCCGUUAGCGGUUGCCAGAUCAUUAUACUGGGCUUGGAGAAUUAAUUAUACACAGGCAGCUCGAAGAUAAUUAAUGGCCGUGUAGAACACACCGUACCAUCAUUUGUCGACACAAAAUAUGAGCAGUUCUGCGAACUCGUGCGACGCAUGUCAUGUAACACCCCAGAGCACCUAGUAUACAACAUUGAAGAACUGCUUCUAUGCACACCCCCAUAGAUACGUGUUAAUGAUAGAUUGGCAUUUACGCGAAGAUGUCCAUGCGGGGGUCGAGAUCAACAGGAUCGUUGAGCUAUUGCAAGAGUAAAUUAGCGUGGGGUUAACAAAGUACGAGCAGAGUAAGACUUACACGUAGGUUGAUGUUGAGGGCACUGAUUGCCUUGAUCUCAUCCUCGGAAAGAGAGAAUGAAGUGACCUG